AUGCCCCCUCCCUACCGAAAGCCUAGCCACAGACCAAUUAAGAAGAGGAAGAGAGGACCAGAUGAAGCUCGGGACAGCAGCCAGUCCCACUUGUCUAGGAGAGGACAAAUCCAGCGAUGCUCAAACUGUGGUGAAUCUGGACACAAGAGGAGAGGAUGCAAGAAGCCAUCCCUUGAUGACCAAAAUCUUAGUCAAUCUGCUAGGAAGAGAACCAGAGGUGGGAGGAAGGCUUCAUCCAGCAGACCCACAUCCAGUUCUAAGGCUUCAUCACAGCCUGUUAUGCAAUCUGAAAGUAGAGGUCUGAGGAGGUCCACCAGGUCUAGAUCAUCAUCUCAGCCCCAACCAGCCACUACAACAUCCAAGCCCAACUCAACCCAAUCUGGGUCCAGGCCCACAUCAUCCUCAACUAGGCCCAAGACAAAGCCCACCAGAAGCAACACACAGCAACCACCACCACCAAAGGAGAUGGGUGCAGCCUGCUCCAGCCAAGCAGCCAGGACUGUCUCCUUCAGCCACAAAUUCCCACUUCAUGUUUCUCCAAGAAAGCUGAGACUCAUGGCAAAACUUCCUCCAAGACUUUGGGGAAAACUUUAG